UUCUUUUCCAAGCAGGCUGUCCUGACUAAUCGCAAGGUCGAUGACCCAACCUCUAUGAAAUUACCAGUACUUAGUGUCAUUCAAUCAGAAAGUGGAUCAUUUACUCAGGCAUUAUUAUUUAGGACAUUGAAAUAUUCAACCAAUAAGAAAAUUUCUGAAUUUAUAAGUUCUUCAAAAUCGAAAUCAAAGAGUCUGAAAACUGAAUUACCAAAAUCGACUGGGGUGGUCACGUUGAUCGCCUAUUAUUUUGGAGAGGACCUAAACCAAAUAUUUGAGUGUUUCCAGAAAGAAACCACUUUUUCCCAGAUAUUAGAAGAUAUUCCAAAAUCUCCAUUUAUUGCUUGCAUAGGUAACACGGUAGCGACUGCUGAGACUUUUUACGUCAUCGCUGAACGAGAAGUGGUGUGUUCCUGUAGAUCGUUUUUUGAAGCGGUAGCUCUUCAGUUUGAUUCGUUCUAUGUUUUCAACAUAGAAUAUCCAAAGAAGGUCUUGUUGACGUUUGAUUUUAUUCAUAGGUUCUUCGGUGACAUAAACCCCAGAGGCACUAAGUCGAAAAAAAGUAAAGGCAAAGACGUUCAUGCAAAAGCAAUCGGCCUUGCAAGAAGAGUGAAUCUAUCACAGGCGUUAUAUGUGCCGUUGUUAGAAAUUUAAGUAAACUUUGGUGGUGUUACUGCAGCUUACAUCACUUUUGACCAGGGGUGAAAACUCGAUCAAAUUUUCACAUGCCUUUGAUUGAGUUUCUUAAGUUCGAGUUCAUUACCCUGGUCAGGGGUUUGAGUUCAUGUAUUUGAUAGAGUUUUUCGAAGUUCGAGUUCGCAGCCCUGCUUUUGGCUGAUCGAUUAAUUUGAUAAAAAAUGAUUUAGCUGUGUGUUGGGUGUGAAGUCUGGAUAAUUUUAAACAAACUCUGCUCCGUGAUCUUCUUCAACCACAAAAUUUCUGGCUUCCACUCAUGACUAUCAACUCCCACAUUUGCAAAUAUAUGACUCCGUCUCCUGCUCAAGACUCUUUCAAAAUAUGAAUUAAAACUCUUGACUCCCUGAUCUUUUAAGAUUUGACUGCUGCUAUGCUAGCUGCUUUAGUGUAACUUUUUGUCCAGUUUUAUCAAUUUUAACAUUUUCGAAUUUGCAACUUCUGCAAACUCUGCUCCUAGCUCAUGAGCUUUAAAAAUGUCCAGUCAAACUCUAUUCAUAAGUGUGGAUAAACUCCGACUAUGAUUAACUCUAUAGACUCUGCAAGCUUCAAAAUUUAGAACUCCCACUCAUGCUCCUACCAAAAUCCUCAAACUCCCGCUCUUCGACUUCACGCCCCUUGAAAUCUUAUCUUGAAAAUUAAUAAAUUAUCUUGCAUAAUUAACUUUAGAAUUUGUCAUCUUUGAAACUCUUGCCAUAGCUACAAAAUAGGUUGCAUGAUAUUUCCCAAAAUUUUCAUUUUGAAACAUUAUAAUUAGAGUAAAGUGCAAAAAAUCGUGAAAUUCUUACAAUAGUCUCGUUAUUAUGUCACGUUUGCCAGCGUCUCAUAGCCUGGUAUCCAGAAAUUUGAUUUCAAAAUAAGUUUGUCAACUAAACAACCCAAUCCUAAAACGUUUUCUUGUUUGACUUUAUUUGGAUCUAUUGAGAUAAAUAAACAGACCUCGAUAUGUAUAGACCAGAUUUCUAACAAGUGCCGAUAGAAACUCAAUUUUGAUCCAUUACAUACAGAAUUCCUAUGUCCUACAAGAACUUGUGCCCUCAUUUUAUUGCAUGGAUAGCCUUCAACGUCUCCUAAUAAGUGUUUAAAUUUGACUGUAGUCCAUAUAUUUUCUGAAAUUUCUUUCGAAACUGUUUUACAAGCCUUAAAGGCAUUCAGUGUGUAUUUAUGGUUUUAUAAAAAUAUCAAUUGUAAUUAAAAUGAUUUUCGUUUCCAGAAUCUCGUUUUUUUUUGUUUUAACUGUAAUAUUCUGUGUGUUUACUGUUGUGUCGUGCCAGUAAAUAGCUUUGCUACUCUCGUAGUGGUUCGGUCAUCGCGAGUGAGAAAUUACCAUCAUGCUAGUAUUGUAUGGUACUACUGUCGGGUAAGGUAGCUGCCAUCGAGAUAGUAAUUUUAUUUACUAUUUUGAGGUAAAAAAUAUUACUACUGGUGGGUAGGUUUACUGCCGUCAAAAAAGUAGUAUUUUUUAAAGUUUUAUAGUAAUUUUUGCUACCAUCAAUCUCUGUAAAUUUACUGAAAAUACUGUUCAUAAUACUACUGAUAGGGCCUGUAAAUUUUUUUACAUGGGCCAGUACUUUUGCUGCCAUUUUUUUUCUUAGUAAAUUUGGAAAAAUUUUUUUAACAGUGUAGCAGUAGCUUUCCUUUUGAUAU